GGGGUGAACGAAUCAAACGUCGGGCUCCAUGACAGCAGCUGCUUAGCAGCAAAACCUUUGCAUGCUGUGAGCUAGAAACGUUCAUUUGCUGCGCGUUUUAGCGAAUGUUUCUGAGAAAUAAAUAGUCGACUUUGAGGAAUAAGAGACCGCCUUAUAUUCAGUGUGACUAAAAGGUUGAUGCGGAGCAGCUGAUGUGAAGUAAAAAGCGUUCCAUCACCUCCUCCUCCUCCUUCCUAAAUGAUAGGGAGGCUUCAUAGCCCACAGCAAAACACUGACUGAUAGAUCUGCAGUUUCCUUUUGUCAGUAAAAACACAGAGACCGAUGGCAACCAGUGCCAAGAGACCAUCCCUGCAGGGUCCUGUACCACCUCCUCGCAAGAAGACCACCCCCAAACCAGAGCUGACCGAGGAGCAGAAGCAGGAGAUCAGGGAGGCCUUCGAGCUGUUUGACACCGAUGGCUCUGGAUACAUCGAUGUCAAGGAGCUCAAGGUUGCGAUGAGAGCUCUGGGGUUUGAACCGAAGAAGGAGGAGAUCAAGAAGAUGAUCGUUGAAGUGGAUAAGGACGGCACAGGGAAAAUAUCCUUCGCCGACUUCCUGGCGGUCAUGACACAGAAAAUGGCUGAGAAGGACUCCAAAGAGGAGAUCCUGAAAGCCUUCCGCCUGUUCGAUGACGACGAGACGGGCAAGAUCUCAUUCAGGAAUCUGAAGAGAGUAGCCAAAGAGCUGGGAGAGAACCUCACAGAUGAAGAGCUGCAGGAGAUGAUCGAUGAGGCAGACAGGGACGGAGAUGGAGAGGUGAACCAGCAGGAGUUCCUGCGCAUUAUGAAGAAAACCUGCCUGUACUGAAGGAAGUGCACGAAAUCCGGGUCUGCGACGUCGAGGGGAACACGUGAUGCUGCUCAUUUACGUUACUUCUAUCUCAAAAUGUCUCCUUACUUUUUUGUGUCGUGCCAUACCUCUUAACUUUAGACGAGGCUUCAACUGUCUUAUUGUGCACUGAAAGGAAACAGUGAGAGACCCGAGCAUAAAAGCCUGAUCGAAUGCCAAAUUAUCCUCGGUUGAUUUACAUAAUUAUCUACAAUACAUUUGCCAAAAACAGAGGGAGAAAACUCUCCCUUCUUGUUUGGAAUGCUGCAUACUUUUAUGAAGAAUACGCUUAAAUGAUAUUAAUGGGUUUUACGUCGUCAUGAGAUUCUCAGUGCCUACAGUGACAAACACAUUCCAAUGCUUUUUAUUGAUAAUGCAGUCUCAUCCGUUUGUAUAUUGUUUGGUUUAAAUGCUGGUAGCUCCGCUGUUUCAUGUCUUUGCUGGUCCUCCCGAGAAAUGUGGGUGCUGUCUCACCUCAGUGCUGUGGAUUUGUGCCUGUGCCUCUUCGAGAGGUGACCACCACAAUCAGGGAAGCUGCCCAACCUCUCUGACCUGCACACCUUCCUGCUAUCUACGGUCGAUGGUUGAUGUAUUUUUCUUGUAGCACCGAGUAUUUAACCCCUCUGUACUCUUGAAUGUUUUGUAUAUUACACAGUGACUUUAAUCAGUAGGUAUACAGCAUAAAAAUAAGUGUUUCAGCUGCAGAUUAAAAAAUAUUGAAGCA